AUGGCUUCCACCGCACCCCCGAAGAAGCGCCCCCGCGCCGCCAGCGGCGGUAGUGGCAGCCUCAAGGAGAUGCCCAUCGUCCAGUUCCCGCCCUAUAUGGUUAAUGUGAAGUCGCCCUAUGCGCAGCACCACGAGGCCUACACCGCGUACGAGGUCGAAGUUCGCAAAGCUCUCGCGGCGGAGGACGUGUCGUUCAAUAUAUGCAAAUUCGAGAAAGCCGCGACCAAGUGGGUGGAAACCAUCGACCACGCGCUGCCCGUCAAGUCCCUACCCAUCUCGCGUAUGUCCGACAGCAUCGUUGACCCUUGCAACGCCUCUUGCAACCUAUUCGAGAAACACCUCCCCCCUUUACCCGGUGUCCCGAAGGACGACGGGAAGACGCCGGUCGAUCUCCAAGUUCUUUUCGCCGAAGAAAUAGUCACGUUGGCGUCGCUCUUGGACAAGGAGUUCUUCGUUAGCAUGAUGCGUUCCGCGGGCAACGGAACAUUUGGCAAAGCCCUCUACUCGACGGCGACGGCGUGGGUUUGGGCCCUGCUCAAGCUAGACUUCGACCCGGAGGGCACUCCCUAUGCUGAGGACAAGACCAAGCACCUCCAGGAGCAGGACCGGUUCUCGGACAAGAAUAAGAAGCUGAACAUGCAGAUGUGCCGCGAGAUUGUUCGCAAGGAGGCCGGCGACGAGGCCGCCGAGAUGUGGUACAAUCAUAUGUGCGCUAAUCUCGGAAUCGACGCUUGA